AUGGAUGACAAAAUCCGAGGAGAGAAGUGGAUAAAGCGGCAGCUUUCAGGUAUACUUUCAACAAAAUAAAAUCUCCCAGCACAAUCGGCUUCUUAGCAGUACUUUAGCAUCACUGUAGUAAUGUAGAGAAUCGUUCACAGCCACACGCCUCAAAACACCACGGAUAGAAAUUGAUUGAUCGAGUUAUAGAAUCCGAACAAGGAGACGAAUGCAACUCGCCACGCUGGAACUCCUUUGGCUGGGGUAUCCAGAAAACGAGUGCGUUUUAAAUAUCGUUCAAUAAGCCAACCCUGGGACUCUUCGCGAAAUUUUUUGUAUAGUUCCAAAAACCAAACAUUCUUCUUAAUAAUCAACACGCAAACCGCUACUCCCUGACGUCAUCCCUAUGACAUCAUCUUCAUUUGCAAAAUUCGCACACGCAGCCAUAUCAUUUUAUUCAUUUUUUUACGUUCCAAUUUAUAAAAAUUAGAUUCGACGUGAAAGCUUUUUCCGGUCACAUGAGAAAUAGAAAGAUAUCACACUUGAAAAAUCCGCUUUUUGAUUGAAAAACUUUUUUUAUUCUUCUAUUUUCUUACUUUUUUUAGAAAAACUUUUAAAGGUUUGGAAUAAUCCGAGGCGUCGAGGCCCACGCUUACGCACAGUAUGCUCCUUUAAUUUUUCUGGGAAAUACAUUUCACAGAUUUUUUUCGCUACGCGUAUCAAGUUUGCAAAUCGUUUAGAGCUACCUGAUAGUGUUAUUAGUGUCCACGUUUUGAUACUAAAUGCCUUUUAUGUCAGGUAUUCAUUUAUUUGACGAAUUUUUCACUGUGGCUCAGUUUUUUCGAAGCGAGCCACAGUCGGCUUCGCGCUAUGCGCGCUCCGCCUCCGUCUGAAGCCUUAAAACUAAGCCUAUCUUCUUAAGUAAUACAUGAACCUGUAGGCGCAGUUUUAAUGCAAAGGCGCGAUUCAGGCUCUUCCCAUUCUUCAAUUUUCUCAAUUUCAAUUUCAAUUCAAUUUAUUCAGUCUUCAGAGUAAGAUGAAGAAAAUCUCUGCUGAAUCAUGGUAUAAUCGAAGAGUUAGUCGUCGGCGCGGGUUACGGUCCACAAUCGUUGUCCAAUACGUCCUGGAGUGACAGCUAGCGUUGGGAAACAAUGUGGGACCGCGGGUAGUACCAGCGAAUGAACUGCUUCACCAUAAUGGAACAGUACGGAGCCCAGCUUGUCCAGGGCUGACGGGCGUCGGAAUAUUAUCCCAUGCGAGAGCGGCAAUGAGACCGACCAGUCGACGGGAUGAAAUGAGAUAAUAAUAAUCUGCUGAAUCAUGUUCACGUAAAUAAAAAUGAAUAUAUAGCCAAAUAUUUCGAUUAAGCUUAUUUCUUGUGUUACGAAUGGAAUGAUGUCAGGGAGUAGCGGUUUUGCGAUUUAACGAAAACUAUAAUCAACACACGCUCUCGGAGAAAGUCGAUGAACUGCAGUAAUAGUUUUAAGUUCUGACUUGAGAAUUGCACUAAAAGACCUACCGUAACCCAUUGAGGGGCCAGAGCCUCACAGUAACUAGCCUAAAAGUUUCCACACUAUGUCAAAUAACUGUGACAAUAAUUUAACUCAAAAUGAGAACUUGAAAUUCUUGUACCAACCAUUCAGCGUGAAUCUGAGAAAACGUAUGUUUAAUGGAUUAAUCUUAAAACCGAUUGCUUUUUUCAUCCUUUAUUCGAUAAUUUCAAGUAAUGAUUUUUUGGCCGUAAAUUUUUUUUUCUUUAAUGAUGCCUUUGAAGUGCACUAAUUGUGCAAAAAGUCGUUUCCAGCGUAUUUUGAAUCCUGCAAGACUAGAAAGCAAGAUUUUCGAAAAGCAACUAAAAUAGGAAAGUGAGAGUUUACACUACACUUUCAAAAAACCUAUAUUCAACGACUUCCUCGGGAAAAAAAUCAGUAUUAGGAAAUUCAAGAUUUGAGUGUACAAAAAUUUGUAUUUGAACCUCGAACGCUGGUUUUUGUUUUCUCUCAAAGAAACGUUUAAGAGAGCGCGGUAUCCUGGAUUUUCGGCGGAGCAUUCCGUCUGAGAAGUGGUGCGGAAAGUACCGCGAAAACCAUGCAAGAGCCGACGGGCCCCGAACAACUCAACGGCAGCAAAGUCCAGAAACCCAACGAAGCUGGUAGAUUAUUUUGAUUCAAUUGAGAAAAGUCUUUUUAAACAACCAAUGGUCUAUAAAGUGGUUGGGCACAGGAUAAUUAAAAGGACAAGGAAAACGAAAAAUCUAUAUCUGAAGCUUAGUCGCUUCAGAUAGUCGAAGAAAGACGUCACAAGUCGAGUUGAGUGUGAAUAUAACAUGAACCCAGCAGGAAAUACAAAUUUAAGACCAAACAUAUAUUGAUGAAACCAAUUGAAAACUUUUAUGAGAAAAGUUCUCAAACAGGUUUUUUAUUGAAUUUCGCAGGGAUCACUGAUGAAGGCGUGAAAGACGGGGAAAAGGAUGAUCAAAAGGACAUCCUGAUCGACAAACUAAUGCCGGAGGCUGGAGAAACAAAGAAAUCAAUGAUAACGGACCAAGAAUGUAAACGGUCUGAGAUAACCCAAGACUUCGCUGGGAGACUUGAAAGCCGAGCUCGUGAGUUUUUCUUUUUCUCUUUUUUCCAGUGAAAAAUCGAACUGAAUUUUGGAUUUUUUUGAAUUCAGAGAUUAUUUUGAAUUUCGCGAAAACUUUGAACACGGCAUGUGCGAGAGCGCCGCAGUGCAUGCACACGACCCACUUCUCUUUACGAAAAAAAUAUGGGCGGGACGUCGUCCAAAAAACGCCGUGAUAUCGUACCCCUUUGAAUAGCAAUUUAGACUAAAACUUCUGAAAAUGAACUAAAAUCGAACACAAAAAAUUCGAAAGAUUCUCAUUUUUUAUUAUGACCAUUUUCAAUUGCAGGAGCGGAUAUUCACCAGUUUAUCGAACCUCAACGGUUGGAAACGGUGCAGGCUAGACCGAAAAUCAAUGAUGAAUUUGAUGAUUUAUUGUUCCACUUCUCCUACUUCCAUGGGUAAGAGGUUUUCCAUCGAAUAUCGAAAAAUCGGUUCUUUGCAUUUUCUUGCCGCAAUUCGAAACUAGGCGAUUCCUAAGAAGAUCCGGCGACUACCUCGUGCGGAAAUCGGAGGGUUCGAGAGAAAAGUCGUGCCAACCAUCUACUAUGAAUUUUUAGAAGAAGGCGAAGAAUACAUACUAGUAUCCGUCGCCGUACUUCUGGAAUACAAAAAAGACGGAACCGAAGGCGAUUUUUUUUUCCUUUUUUUUUUUCAAUCAUUAUUAAUCUUAAUUUCAUCCGAUUCAACUGAGUAGAAUCAUACGCCCCUGUUUAAGGUGGUCGGUCGUGUUACGGUAGUUUGGAUAGGUUUUUCAGUAAUAAAAAGAAAUUUUGGGUAUCUUUUGUGACGUAACUUACCUUGUAACCUCGAGAAAUAUGUCUUUAAAAAUUUGCAAACAAAGAAAGAAAAUUUAAAAAAUUUCCUCGCCGAAAUAUUGACCAGCCGCCGUAGUACUGUCUCAAACAUGCGUGCAUAUGAGAAGAUUUUUUUUAAUUUUCAAACCAAAAAGUUUCAAGCUCGAACAUCUUCAAUCGAAUUCCUAUCACAACGCACUUUGAAUCAUUUGAAUGUUUAUACCGUGAAUAUUUCCUAUAAACCUCGAUCUCAUCCAACUUUACAGACCUCGACGAAAACUUCGGCAACGACGAGCCGGUAAGAAUAGAAGACCAUGUCGUCCGCCGUGAAAAGAAUGGAAGAGUAUCAAUCGAGCACGAACACGCAUUUGAGUCCCUGGGAGACCUCCUGGGUUUUUAUAUACUCAACCCUAAGAAGGUAAAGCCAAUGAUAUUUUAGUGGAUACUGAAUUAGGAAAAAAAUUGUUCUCUGAUAACUUCUAUAUACGAAAUCUGAAAUAGAAGAAAAACGAUUUCGAGACCAAGAUGUUGGAAUUUUUUUAUAUUUCUAAAAAAACUUCGUAUAAUGAGAUGACGGUUCACAGUCAAACGGAAUGAUCUAUAAGACUUUCACCUCACAGUGAACCGGAUGAAUAAGAAAAUUUUGAUCUUCCGGGCUGCUAUAAGUUACAAAAGGAAGUGCUGCUGGAAUUAGAACCGCAGAAGGCAAAAAUGGACUCGAAAGUCAUUUCACUUCAGCUAUCGCUCAACAUCAAACUCAAGCGAGGUUGCUAUACUCGAAUGUUCCAAUUUCGAGAACGCCAGAUCAUCCGCAUCAAAACGGUGAGUAAUGAAAAGUCUAAAAUGAAUCUUCAGCCAGAAAUAUAAAGAAACCAUACAAAAACAAACUAUGAAUAAGAGUGGAUUUUUCCUAGACUGAUAGAAUGGAUACCAUCGUUUUUUGAAUUGAAUUAAAAGUCUGCCUUUUUAUUUUUUUUUUUUGAUCUAGACGAUCAAGGCAAUCAAGAAUCAAGGGAGGUGAUUCUACUUUGGAAUUUUUUUCAGAUUUGCUCAAAGACUCUAUGAAUGUCUAGAUGAAGAUUCCUCAUAGACUCUACCGGCGCAAACUUCGAGUUUUUUUGAAAUAUGACUUUUUUUAAAGUUGCGAAAUGUGAUAUUUUAUGUAAAUUAUGUAAAUUUGAAGCUUAACUUUUCAAAAACUUUUUCAACCUUCAAAAAUUAAUUAUCCUAAGAACUGAAGGCUAGCGCGGGUUGCAGCUCUAACUGAUCUUCAUAAAAACCAUCAGAGAUUGUUUGAACAAAUUUGUAGGAAUGUCCAAGUUGCAAAGUAAAAUUAACUCUUUGGAGGGCCUAAUUAUCUAAUCUGUGUUGAACGCGAAUUUAAAAAAUUAAUAUCUCAAGUACUAAAAGUUUGUGCCGGAGGCGACUUUGAGGGGAUCUUCACCUAGACUUUCACAGAGUGUUUGAGCGCAUUCGAAGAAAAAUGGAAAAGUAAAAUGACUUUCCGUGUAAAUAGAGAAAAACGUCACAAAACGCGGCUUGGAAUUGGCUAAAAAGAGCGUUUCGAACGCUAUUCCGCUAUAAGGAAUCUUCUGAACCAAAAAUGAAAGCCUGUGUUGAAAUAAUAUUCUAAAAUAGUCUAUUCAGCUCCAUAGCGGGAAUUUCGGGGAAGUGUUUUUAGCGGAUGUGUGGUCGUUUGGGAUGAUUGGCCAAAAAGCCGCCGUGAAGGCAGUGAGUUCAAUUGACAAAGUGUCUUACAAGAACUUUUUUCGCAGCUGAAAAAAGACAGCCCCAAGUUACGCGAACAGAGCGAGAGCUUCGUGGAAGAAGCGAGGUUGAUGUUGACGCUGAGCCACGAACACAUCAUAGAAACGUACGGAUGGAUGUUAGAUAUUCAGCCUUUCAUGAUAGUCAUGGAGUACAUGGAAGGUGAGAAAGUCCAAUUAAAAAGCCGCUAAUUUUCAAGCUCAAAUUGUUCUUCUGCGACAAGAUUUUUCUCGGUUUAUCACUUUUAGCAGAUGGUCGUUCUUGUUUCCAUUAUCCUGACCUAGGUCUACAAACCACCGAAGUUCGAAACAGAUCCGCAAAUGCCAUUUCGGGUAGUUCCCUAGUAAGGAAACUAGGAUUUCAUUUUCCAAAUUAUUUUCUUAUUUACUACUUUUUAUGUUAUAGCUACUUCCAAACUUCCAAAAAGAAAUCAAUCUUUGUGAGCUUCAAAAAAACAAAAAUUGAGAAAAAAACAUGAAAGGAAAUCAUCAACUUUGAGUUUUUCUUAGUUCCUUUUCGUUUCGAUCGAUUCGCGAAAUGAACUCACCUCGUAAUUUAGAAUUUUUAGAAGAUUAACCAGAAAACUUUUCGAUUACUGAUUUUUUGGAGGAAAUAUGGUAUAAUUGGCCUAAUAAUAUUGAAAUAGCUUUUUCUACAUUCAAGUAAAUCCUGGGCAUUGUAGGAGGAUCGCUGGAGACGUAUCUGUUGAAAAGUUCUGAAGAACCCAACAUCCAACAGCUGCUGAAGUUCGGCCUUGAGGCAGCCGAGGGACUGACUUACCUCCAUGAAAUGGGAAUUAUCCACAGGAAUGUGUCGGCCCGCAACUGCUUGCUCACCGCCGACCACAAAGUUUGAGCUGGAUUAUUGAUAAUAUAGUCAAAUCUUCCUCACUUGAAAGACGAAGGAGGCGGAGAGGACGCGUACGUGGCUCUUCAAUCCAAGAACCUAUUUAAAAAGUUCGGUCCCCGCUCUUUUCGUAUCUAUUCUACUAUUUUUCAAUGUAACAUUUAACAUUUAGCAUUUAUUCAGUCCUCAGAGUAAUCUUGUAUCUGCUUAAUCAUGAAAUAUUUGAAGAGAUGUUUGUUGGUUCGCGCAACUGUCGCCCAUCUUUCACCAAGAACUGCUCGUAGGUCAUCUCGCCAACGGGGUUUGGGUCGUCCAACUCCACGCGUUUUCGCCCAUGGUCGCCAUUCCACUAUUUUCUUCGCCCAUGUGUCUUCUCCCGUAGCGAUUUUCUUUGCGAAAAGCCAUUUUCUCUUCACAGCUUCCGACCGAACUUCGCGUAGCUUCAACUUUUCAUAGAGCCAGGAGUUUCUUCUUCUGUCGAGCAAUGUUACUCCGAGCAUCCAUCGCAUAAUUUUCCGCUGUGCCGUUGCCAGAAGGUUCCUUUCUUUCUUCUUCAUAGUCCAAGUUUCCGAACCAUAGAGAAAAGCUGGUUCAAUACACAUGUUGUAUAUCUUGGCUUUGUGUAUAUUGGAAACGUUUCUUCGUGUUAAGUACGUUUUGAACUUGUGGAAGACGCUCCAUGCAGAACGAAUUCGGCGUUGGAUUUCGGUUCUCGAGCCAUCAGCGAAGUGAAGAUGGGUACCGAGGUAGAUGAACCCAUCCGUGUAGGCAAUUCUUUUCCCAUCAAUCUCGACAUUUCUUUGGGCUCGAUAAGCCAUUAUGAACGUUUUCGCGAAGUUGAUUUCCAAGCCGGCCUUCUUGCUCUCUUUUGCCAGCUCAUUAGCCAUUUCUUGGAUCUUCUGCGCACUGGAUGCAAACAGUACGACGUCAUCCGCAAAACGAAGGUGCGUCAAAGUCGUUCCGUUCACAGAAAAUCCAUAGCUCUCUUUUAUCACUACACAAAUAGAAAAAAAAAAUCAUCAAAGAAUUAAACAAGAAAUGAAAAGAGUGAUAAAGGAGCGCUCCAAAUAGCCGCUGGCAGUUGAAUUGAAUCGUGCCAAGAACCGCGAACGCACACGCUACGCGUCCCGCCCUCCUUCUCCGUCUCCCUCGGCUUUCUAGCGGGAUAAACUGACUAAACAAGACUUUUUUAAGCUGAAGUUAUGCAAUUUCGACCUCGCAGUUGCCGGACCUGUGUAUUACAUGAUGAAGGGGGAAAUCUUGCCGACGAGGUAUCUGAGCCCGGAGACCUUAGCCAUUUUCCUGUUCCUUCACGCAUCAGACACUUUUGCGUUCGGAGUGAGUUAACUGAUUUCUCAAGGGAAAAAUGAUUAAUAUUCUAGAACCUGCUUUAUGAACUCUUCUCCAAUGGCCAGAUGCCGUAUGAAAACCUAACUUCGGCUGAAGCAAGACAGAAAGUUGGUUUGAUUAUUUGAAAGCAUCUCAAUUAUCUGAAACUCGAGUGGAAACUUACAAAUGAGUGCAGUACGAUUAUUUUUCUUGACGCCUAGUAAUGAGAAAGAGAAUCUGAUAGAACUUUCACUGAGCCCGAAAAUCAAAAUACAACGCAAACCUCUUCGAAACUUAUUCGGAUACAACCUCGCUGUUUGGCAUUGCCUACUUCAAAAUUAUCUAAGAAAAGCUUUUUUUUUUUAAUUUGAGGAACGCCGAUAGGGACCUCGGAGUUUCCCUUGAACCCCCUAAACGAUUCGGGGCUUCUAUAGGGCGUAAAAAUUUGUUUGGGAACGGUUGUUUGAAAAAGUUAAGGACGAAUAUGAAUAAAUGAACUCCAGUGAAAAUUUCAUUUUACCCCCUAUAGGGGUCACUAAACCAGAUUUUCGGGGCCCAGGAAGACUUCUUAGAAAAGUUCAAAAUUUCAAAAUUUUGUCUUCUUUAUCUGACGAAUGUUUGCAUUGAGAUCCUGGAGGGAGAAAUGAAUGACCUGGAGGAGACUUGUGCUCCUCCAGCUCUUCGUCAGUUCAUACAAGAUAACUUGUGGGCCUACGAGAUGAAAACAAGGUCUAGAAUGAACGAGGUUUUUUUUUAUUCACUCUUUUCAUUCUGACAAGAAAUAUUUAGGUAGUUGUGUUCCUCAAGAAAAACCUACCGCGCCUUUAAAAAAAGGUCAGUUUAUAUUUAAAAAAAUUAUUUUCUGAUCGUGAAACUUUGCAGGAGCAGGGAGGCCCAAAGACGAACACAGAGACAGAAGAAACUGCGGUGAGAUUACAAAACCGAAGUUUUUUUCAGCUUUUUAAUAAAUUUGAUAGUAAACUUUCCAAAAAACUAAUUUCACUAGUUCAAAUUUGAACAGUAAACAAAAUAAACCUGUGCCGGCGUUGAAAGAAAGUGUUAUAUAGCCGGAAAAUUAACGCGUUUUGAAGCAGCAUGAGAGAGUUUUUAUAAAAUUCGCAUUUUCUCAAGAAAUUUAGAGCAAAGAUGAGCCAAGACUUCCGAAAAAGGGAAAACUCCGCCGACGCACACCGGCUAACCGCCAGGUCACUUUUUCUUUUUCUGACUUCAUGUAUCAAACUUUUUUUCAGGAGAUCAUGGAAGAGCUUUUUCCGAUAAUGGAAGAAUCCGCCAAUAAUGAAUAGCUUGGCGAUCCAUAACUGUGGAACAGCUCCCUCGGAUUCAGCUUUCAUUUGAAUAAAAUAUUUUUUGGAAUCUUGUUGAACAUUUUUUCAAAGUUGGAGUUUAAGAAGUCGUUAGUUGUUUUUGAUAUUAUCUAGAGUUACUUCAUAAUCCCAAAUCUGGUCACGAUCUCAAAUCUGGUCUCAAAAACUGCCGAGGAGGUCUGUGAAAAAUGUUAUGGACCCUCAAAAGUCGAAAAUUUCAGUGUCUCUGAUUGAGCUCAUUUUUUAAGGGUAUAUAGAUCUCGUUCCUCUAGUCACGAAAAACCAAUAAAUUUUUCGCAAAAAAUUUUUGGAGCUUUGAAAGGUCAUAUCUUUCAAAAUGAGCUCAAGCAAAAUAACUGAAAUUUUCGACUUUUGAGGGUCCAUAACUUUUUUCACAGACCUCCUCGGCAGUUUUUGAGACCAGAUUUGGGAUCAGCGUGAAAAACUACAACUAGGAAACUUGGUCUCAUUGAGAGGUCCCCCUGCGACCGGAGAACAUUCCCUGGUGACAGAGCUGCUGACCAUACCGGGGCGACCGGGGUCGGGGUGCCCCGGGGCGACCGCAACGCGCUCCGUGGCGCCCCGUCAGCAGCACUGCCUGGUGAGGCUCUGCUCACACGAAGUAUCAAUAAAUGAAUUAGAUUACCAAGCGUAGUUAUUUGAAAAUCUUCACUCACGCUGUGAGUAAAGCGAAAAAAUGAUAGAAAAGUUUAUUCAUUAUCAACGUGUAAAAAGAACUAAAGAUGUACUUGUGAGAUAAGAAGGAAAAUCGACGCGAUGAAUUCCGUCCAGGAGAGAGAGUUAUUCUUGAAGCUUAACCUGAGAAGAAUAGCAAGCGCCGGAAGAAGAUGGAUGACAAAAUCCGAGGAGAGAAGUGGAUAAAGCGGCAGCUGUCAGGUAUGCUUUCAACAACAUCAAAUCUCCCAGCACAAUCGGCUCUUCAGCAGUACUUUAGCAUUACUGUAGUAGUACUGUAGCAUCACUGUAGUAUUAGUACUGUAGCCUUACUGUAAUAUUACAGCAGCUACACACUAAUAGCUUUCGCGUGAAAAAUUGUCUCCGUAGCACGCCUGUUUAAGGCGGCCGGUCGGCUUACGGUAGUCAGGAGAGGUUUUUCGGUAAUAAAAUGAAAGCGUAUGUACUUUUUGUGACCUACCUUAUUUUUAAUCUCAACAAAUAGGUCCUUUACAAGUUGUGAUAAAGAAAAAACAUCAAAAAAAUUUCCUGGCUCCGAAACUGACUGCGCAAUAUUGACCGGCCGCCGUAGCACUGUCUUGAACAUGCGUGGUAGAGACACUCUAAUCCUUGCAUGACAGCUAGAAGAGUUCAGAACACUUGAAUCCUUACAAGAGGUAUAUCUACUUUGCUUCUUUUUUUUUGUUCACCUAGGUAAAAAGAAACGAGAAUAUCUGGAGGGAUCAAAGCCGUUAUCCCUCCAAAAACCUUCAAAGCCUUUCUGGACAGCAAUGCAUUGUUUGCCACGGUCCAUCGUGUGAUCAAUCUCACAUAUGACUUUCAAAAUCCAUAGGCAUGUACUUAAAAAUUGUAAUUAUUCAAUUGAUUUCUCGUGAGGGUGAACCAGACCAGAGCACAUGUUAUAGCACGGCGUUACCAAGAAUAAAAUUUUCUGCCACCGCUCUGUGCGGUCAGCUGUGUUGGCCGCAAUAGACCGCGACGCAAAUACGAACCAUCAAUUCACAAUUUGGCCAGUUUCCAACAGUCUUUAAACACAUUUUUUAAACUUUUCGCUAACUAUCUUUUCAUGAAUAUCGAUGAUAAGGAGCAUUUCACAGCUUUUACGUGAUUUUUAGGUGGUUAGCAGGUGAAAACGGAUUGAUCAAAUUUAUUACUAGUAGGUUUUUGCUAUGAAGCAAAAAUUUGCCAAUUUUUCCGGCGAAAAAAAUUAACAUUAACUAAAAAAAGUUAUUAUGUACAUUUGUAAGUUGAUAAACUUGUAUUUCUUUUUUUGUUCACAUGGUCUUUUUUUAGCAAGCUUCUGCAUUAACGACUGUAAGCCAGAAUAAAUCGAAAAAGAAACGGAAAACGCGUAAAAACCCUUUGAAACAUACGUAGAUUGGAUUUUGCAACGAUAGAAGUUUAGCAAAAACUCCAGACUACAAACCCAGUAUUUUUUUUUUCCAUUUCGCAAAACUUCGAAAAUUUUGAGUUGAACAUCAGAUUUUUCACAAGCAACGGAAAAAUACGUUCCACGUACCAAACGAAAGAGCAAAAAUAUCUCAACAACUUAGACAAAAUAGAUUUUCGAAAUUCAAGCCAAUAAAUUUUCAAAAAUAUAAAAUAUACUGCUUUAAGGCCUAAUAAAAAUAAAAAAUUGGCGCGUGAAGGAAAGUUAUAACUCUAUGAGAAAAAAACUCUAUGAGAAAAAAAGUUUUAAAAAAACGCUUUUCUCGUUAAAAAAAGCGAAAAAAAUUCGACUUGAAGAAAGUUUGAGUUUUUUUGGGCCGUGUCGGCCAUUUUUUUGCUUAAGGCCUCCCUAGGGCCGGGCAGGGCCGGGCUUGGAAAGUGGCCGGGGGCCGAGAGGUUGACGGGCCGGCCCUCGCACAAGCCUGACCGCGAUGCGUGGUGGCAAAAUUUACGCUCCGCUUCCACUGUGUGGUAACGCCGUGAUAGUCAGUUCACGGCUGGAGCCAUUGGAAAGAUGUUCCCAAAACGAUAAGAAGAAGAGAUAUUGCCUGGUCAGUAGAGAGCCAAGUCACGUUCUCUCAGCGUUCCAGGCUGCCCUUGAAUCGGCUAUAUAGUUUCAUAGUUGAGUCACAGCUAGCUUGGGGCGCAAAGGGGGAAAGGCCCUUUCUCUUUUCUUAUCGUAUCAGCCGUGAAAUCAACAAUUUACCUGUAACGCCUUGUGGGUUAUUGAAUGAUUUAUCAACAAGUUGAGCCAGUUUUCCAUCCAUCUUUCCUUAAGACACUUCUUGAUACAUUUAUGGGUCUCAAAUCUAGCCAAUCGUAUUAAAGGCGCAGGACUUCAAUAAAUUAUUUCAAGCUGGAUAGCUAUGUAAGGUAUGAAGUAGAACUCAAGUUUAAUUUUGUUUGAAAAAUUGUUUUUUUCUGUAUUAGUGGUGAAAGGUAGUUUUCUCUCAAGUGCUAACUCUACUCUUAUGAUAAAACCAUAUCAGAAAAGGCAAAAAGGACUUGAAGAGACAACAGAGAGAUCAUUUAAGUCACAGAAUGCCGUAGAAAUUGAUUGAUCGAGUUAUAGAAUCCGAACAAGGAGACGAAUGCAACUCGCCACGCUGGAACUCCUUUGGCUGGGGUAUCCAGAAAACGAGUGCGUUUUAAAUAUCGUUCAAUAAGCCAACCCUGGGACUCUUCGCGAAAUUUUUUGUAUAGUUCCAAAAACCAAACAUUCUUCUUAAUAAUCAACACGCAAACCGCUACUCCCUGACGUCAUCCCUAUGACAUCAUCUUCAUUUGUAAAAUUCGCACACGCAGCCAUAUCAUUUUAUUCAUUUUUUACGUUCCAAUUUAUAAAAUUAGAUUCGACGUGAAAGCUUUUCCGGUCACAUGAGAAAUAGAAAGAUAUCACACUUGAAAAUCCGCUUUUGAUUGAAAACUUUUUUUUAUUCUUCUAUUUUCUUACUUUUUUUAGAAAACUUUUAAAGGUUUGGAAUAAUCCGAGGCGUCGAGGCCCACGCUUACGCACAGUAUGCUCCUUUAAUUUUUUUGGGAAAUACAUUUCACAGAUUUUUUCGCUACGCGUAUCAAGUUUGCAAAUCGUUUAGAGCUACCUGAUAGUGUUAUUAGUGUCCACGUUUUGAUACUAAAUGCCUUUUAUGUCAGGUAUUCAUUUAUUUGACGAAUUUUUCACUGUGGCUCAGUUUUUUCGAAGCGAGCCACAGUCGGCUUCGCGCUAUGCGCGCUCCGCCUCCGUCUGAAGCCUUAAAACUAAGCCUAUUUUCUUAAGUAAUGCAUGAACCUGUAGGCGCAGUUUUAAUGCAAAGGCGCGAUUCAGGCUCUUCCCAUUCUUCAAUUUUCUCAAUUUCAAUUUCAAUUCAAUUUAUUCAGUCUUCAGAGUAAGAUGAAGAAAAUCUCUGCUGAAUCAUGGUAUAAUCGAAGAGUUAGUCGUCGGCGCGGGUUACGGUCCACAAUCGUUGUCCAAUACGUCCUGGAGUGACAGCUAGCGUUGGGAAACAAUGUGGGACCGCGGGUAGUACCAGCGAAUGAACUGCUUCACCAUAAUGGAACAGUACGGAGCCCAGCUUGUCCAGGGCUGACGGGCGUCGGAAUAUUAUCCCAUGCGAGAGCGGCAAUGAGACCGACCAGUCGACGGGAUGAAAUGAGAUAAUAAUAAUCUGCUGAAUCAUGUUCACGUAAAUAAAAUGAAUAUAUAGCCAAAUAUUUCGAUUAAGCUUAUUUCUUGUGUUACGAAUGGAAUGAUGUCAGGGAGUAGCGGUUUGCGAUUUAACGAAAACUAUAAUCAACACACGCUCUCGGAGAAAGUCGAUGAACUGCAGUAAUAGUUUUAAGUUCUGACUUGAGAAUUGCACUAAAAGACCUACCGUAACCCAUUGAGGGGCCAGAGCCUCACAGUAACUAGCCUAAAAGUUUCCACACUAUGUCAAAUAACUGUGACAAUAAUUUAACUCAAAAUGAGAACUUGAAAUUCUUGUACCAACCAUUCAGCGUGAAUCUGAGAAAAACGUAUGUUUAAUGGAUUAAUCUUAAAAACCGAUUGCUUUUUUUCAUCCUUUAUUCGAUAAUUUCAAGUAAUGAUUUUUUUGGCCGUAAAUUUUUCUUUAAUGAUGCCUUUGAAGUGCACUAAUUGUGCAAAAAAAGUCGUUUCCAGCGUAUUUUUGAAUCCUGCAAGACUAGAAAGCAAGAUUUUCGAAAAGCAACUAAAAUAGGAAAGUGAGAGUUUACACUACACUUUCAAAAAACCUAUAUUCAACGACUUCCUCGGGAAAAAAAUCAGUAUUAGGAAAUUCAAGAUUUGAGUGUACAAAAAUUUGUAUUUGAACCUCGAACGCUGGUUUUUGUUUUCUCUCAAAGAAACGUUUAAGAGAGCGCGGUAUCCUGGAUUUUCGGCGGAGCAUUCCGUCUGAGAAGUGGUGCGGAAAGUACCGCGAAAACCAUGCAAGAGCCGACGGGCCCCGAACAACUCAACGGCAGCAAAGUCCAGAAACCCAACGAAGCUGGUAGAUUAUUUUGAUUCAAUUGAGAAAAGUCUUUUUAAACAACCAAUGGUCUAUAAAGUGGUUGGGCACAGGAUAAUUAAAAGGACAAGGAAAACGAAAAAUCUAUAUCUGAAGCUUAGUCGCUUCAGAUAGUCGAAGAAAGACGUCACAAGUCGAGUUGAGUGUGAAUAUAACAUGAACCCAGCAGGAAAUACAAAUUUAAGACCAAACAUAUAUUGAUGAAAACCAAUUGAAAAACUUUUUAUGAGAAAAAGUUCUCAAACAGGUUUUUUUAUUGAAUUUCGCAGGGAUCACUGAUGAAGGCGUGAAAGACGGGGAAAAAGGAUGA